AUGGAACACCCAACUCCCCUCUCUGAGGCCCAAAAGGUGGCGCUUGAUCAGCUGACCGCAUCUUUGGGUUCAGAGUACGUGGAGUUAUUUGUCUCACAAGGCCCUGAUGUGCUAAAUGCACGUGUUGAAGGCUUCAUGCAGUAUGAAGCGAUCCUUCUACGGCAGUUCCAAGACCAAGUAGCGUCGGCUAUUCCUACACGCUGUAUGUCUGUACCAGAUGAAGAGGCUAGGUCUCGUCCACUUGGAGUGGAAGUUAAGAUCUUCUCCGGUAAGGAGGGUGAAACCCUCAUUCUCUGGGUUCGUGAGAUUGAGACGGCCAUGAGAGCAGGCCUGAUCAAUCUUGACCAUGAACAGGUCUAG